CCGCGUAUCAAGGAGUACAUGAUAAAAGUUGCCAUUUAUGGGGCAAGGGCAAACCUACCAUGUGUGGAUGCUUGUAUCCCUUAGUGGUGACCGUACAUCACACACCGGCCGACCCAACUAGUUACUCUUGUUCCGUUAACUUGUCACUUUCAGUAUUCAUGCUCUCAUGAAACAACACCCUAACUUGAUCCAAGGACCAUACCAACCCAGUCCGUUAGCUCCAAAUAGUCUCCAGAAGGAAUCAACUUCCAAAAGAGAGUAAAAUGGAGAUGAAAAGUGGACAUGGACCUUUCUAUUUUGAACUGAACACGGGAGCUAAGAUGCCAUGUAUUGGUUUAGGGACAUGGAAAGCUCCUCCUGGUGUCGUUGGUGAAGCUGUCGUUGCUGCAGUCAAGGCUGGUUAUAGGCACAUUGAUUGUGCUCAUGUUUAUGAUAAUGAAGAGGAGAUUGGGCUUGCAUUGAAGAGACUGUUUUCCUCAGGGCAGGUGAAGCGCAGUGAACUCUUCAUCACAUCUAAACUCUGGUGUUGUGACCAUGCGCCUGAAGACGUCCCCAAGGCAUUGGCCCGAACUUUGGGGGACCUCCAACUUGACUAUAUUGAUCUCUAUCUUAUACAUUGGCCAUUUCGUACAAAGCCUGGUAUUAGAGGAUGGGAUCCUGAAAUCAUGGCUCCCUUGUGUCUUCCAGAGACAUGGAAAGCAAUGGAGGACUUGCAUGUGUCUGGUAAGGCUCGGGCCAUCGGUGUCAGCAACUUCUCAACUAAGAAACUGCAGGAUCUGCUCAAGUAUACUAAAGUUCCACCUGCUGUAAAUCAGGUGGAAUGCCACCCUGUUUGGCAGCAGCCUGGGCUACACUAUUUGUGCAAGUCCACCGGAGUUCAUCUAUCGGCAUAUUCCCCACUAGGAUCUCCAGGGUCUUGGAUUAGAGGAGAAGUGUUGAAGGAACCAAUUUUGGUUGAAAUUGCAGAGAAACUUAACAAAUCUCCAGCACAAGUUGCUCUACGCUGGGGUAUUCAGAGCGGUCACAGUGUACUUCCAAAAAGUGUGAACGAAUCUAGGAUUAAGGAGAAUUUAAGCUUGUUUGAUUGGUCCAUACCUCCUGAGCUCUUUUCGAAAUUCUCAAGCAUCCACCAGCAACGGCUUCUCCGAGGGGAAUUUGCUAUACAUGAAACUUGUAGUCCUUACAAGAGCCUUCAAGAACUGUGGGAUGGUGAAAUAUGAGAUGAAGUCGAUGAAGACAGAUCAUGAUUCAUAGCAGUUUCAUUCCGUACUGCAGUGUUCUUUCAUUUUUAUUUUUAUUUUCCAUAUUUUGUCAAAGUUUGUGUUAAUUCAAGAACAAAGAAAUUUUGGUGUUUUAGGUAAGUGGCAAUUGGAAAACAACAUUUCCUUUUUCAUGAAUGAAUCUGGUGUUACAUUCAAA